GGUGUCGCCAGGUGCUUACGGCGCGCUGCCUGGCUCGGGCUGGCCUCCGCUGCCGCUCCUUCCCCACCGGGGCGUGGAAGACCAUUUCUCUCCAAGUGCUAGGACUCAGGCCCAGGCCACAGCGAGGGACUGCGCGUCCUGCUGUCCCGAGGACCUCGCUUGGGCGCCAAGAUUCCAAUCCCAGUCCCCUUCCCCAAUAAAUUAGUCCUUCUUCCCUGUAGGUGAGUCCAGUGACCUCAGAGCUCCGAAGAGUUUGGGGCUUGAAUCUAGUCUCAUGUCUACUCAAAAGUCUCUGGAACUUGAGAUUCCUGAAGAGCGGCACUAAGGACUCCAAAUCGCCGGCCUCUGGGCUUUCUUCUCUCCAGAUUCGAAGAUCCCUUCCCUGCCUCCUCAGACUCACUAGACUGUUCAAGGUGCCAUGGUCUCCAAACCCAGGAGUGAAUGGAGUACCCUCCUGUCCCACCUGGUGCUGGCAGCCGUAUCUCUGCAUGCGGCGGUGAGCUCCGUACAGUGUACUAACGGUCACUUGAUGUGCGCUGGCUGUUUUAUCCACCUACUAGCAGAUGCCCGGCUGAAGGAGGAGCAGGCCACAUGUCCCAACUGUCGUUGUGAGAUCAGUAAGAGCCUCUGCUGCCGGAACCUGGCCGUGGAGAAAGCUGUGAGCGAGCUGCCUUCAGAGUGUGGCUUCUGUCUGCGUCAGUUCCCUCGCUCCCUCCUAGAGAGGCACCAGAAAGAGGAAUGCCAGGACAGGGUGACACAAUGCAAGUACAAGCGUAUUGGCUGCCCAUGGCAUGGCCCUUUCCAUGAGCUGACAGUGCAUGAAGCUGCAUGUGCUCACCCAACCAAGACAGGCAAUGAACUGAUGGAGAUCCUCGAUGAGAUGGACCAGAGCCACCGCAAGGAGAUGCAGCUCUACAACAGCAUCUUCAGUCUGCUCAGCUUUGAGAAGAUUGGCUACACAGAGGUUCAGUUCCGGCCUUACCGCACUGACGACUUCAUCACACGCCUGUACUAUGAGACACCUCGGUUCACAGUGCUGAACCAGACAUGGGUCCUGAAGGCUCGUGUGAAUGACUCGGAGCGCAACCCCAACCUGUCGUGCAAGCGCACACUUUCCUUCCAGCUACUCCUCAAGAGCAAGGUCACGGCGCCCCUGGAGUGCUCUUUCCUUCUGCUCAAGGGCCCCUACGACGACGUGAGGAUCAGCCCCGUCAUCUACCACUUCGUCUUCACCAACGAGAGCAACGAGACGGACUACGUGCCGCUGCCCAUCAUCGACUCGGUGGAGUGCAACAAGCUGCUGGCCGCCAAGAACAUUAACCUGCGGCUCUUCCUGUUCCAAAUACAGAAGUAGAUGGGCCGGGGCACCUGAGGAGCAGAGGGCUGCAGUCCAGUAGUGCUGUCCCACCCCUCCCUGGCUUGGCAGCAGCUUCACACAACUAUCUGAUCAUUUUAGCAAAGGAGGCGAACCAAGAAAAUCAAACACUGAGAAAGUCUGCAUGCGUGUGCAAUGGGGUCCCUGCCUCUGGCUCACCUUCCUCCCCUUUGCCUCCCACCUCCUGCAGGCAGCCAGAGGCUGGGCUGACCACAGUGGAAACAGUACUCUGGGCUCCUCAGGUACAGGUGGUGAGGAGGGCAAGGAGCCAACCACCCUCACCCCAGCUCCCAUCCUCACAUCGAGGUGGCACGGUGGUUCCCUGGCCGGGCUCAGGGGCCCUGGCUGACUUCAGACAGCAUAUUUGAUUGCAAUUAAAAAGGCAGCCUUGUUUCCUA